AACUAUAAGCAACUAAUGUGAGACUGUUGAACAGUUGUCACGAAGCAAUAAAAAUCUGAUAUUAUUUCCACGGAAAGCACAUGAUAAUAAUUUAGAGUCAGUGUAUUAAUGUUUGCCUCUUUUAGUUUUUGAAAUGUAUUUGUAAGAGCGAACUUAAAAUUAAAUGCAGAAUAUAAUGGCAGGAGUAUUUGGCUACGGUCGUGAAGCAGUCAGAGUGAAAGUCAAGAAAUGUGAAGGUGUCCUGCAGCCAGAGUACAGGAAGUUCAGUGUGGAUCCGCAGAUCACAUCUUUUGAAGUGCUCCAGAGUAUCCUGGCCAAGGCGUUCGAUAUCAGAGGGGAAUUCACUGUUUGCUACAGAGCAUUUGAUGACUAUGGGCAGGAGACAUACUUAUCUUUGUUAUCAGACUGGGACUUGGAUGCAGCAUUCCUUAGCGCUUCAGAGCCUUGCCUGUGUUUACAAGUGGAUAUGAAGCCAUUUGAAGAGAGUGUGGACGAUUGGGAUGUGUUAGGAUGUGCUGAUGUUCCGCAAACUCAGGUGCCAGAAAACAAGCCUCAGAACCGACUGCCAGGCUUGAUCUUGAACCAGGUUGAGAAGACCUUCAAUAUGGUGCAGAGAGCGUUGAACCUCAUAGAGGAGCAGCAGCCUCCGAUUUCUGAUCAGCCACUCCACGCGCCACUGACGGACACAGAGUUCCACAAGUUUCUGGAUCCUGUUGGUCAGGUGGUACAGUCCCGUGAGCUGAGGAAAGCCAUCUAUCGUGGCGGCAUAGAGCCGAGUCUGAGGAAAGUGGUUUGGAAACACAUUCUGAAUGUGUAUCCAGAGGGCAUGUCUGGGAAGGAAAGAAUGGAUUACAUGAAAAAGAAGGCGUAUGAAUAUCAGACCCUUAGAGAUUGUUGGAAAGAAAUGGUGCAGAAUGGACAAGUGACAGGAGACCUGGCAUAUGUGACCAGCAUGGUACGCAAGGAUGUGCUGAGAACAGAUCGCCACCACGAAUUCUAUGCUGGUAGUGAUGAUAAUCAAAAUAUAGCCUCCCUUUUCAAUAUACUAACAACAUAUGCACUGAAUCACCCAACAGUAAGUUACUGUCAAGGAAUGAGUGAUCUUGCGUCACCACUUCUGGUGACAAUGGGAGAUGAAGCACACGCGUACAUCUGUUUCUGUGCGCUGAUGAAGCGUCUGCACUCGAACUUCCUACUGGAUGGUGUUGUCAUGACGCUUAAAUUCCAGCAUUUGGCAGAAGGACUUCUCUGUUAUGACCCAGAGUUUUAUGCUUACUUAAAGAGUCAUCAGGCUGAUGAUCUUCUGUUCUGCUAUCGCUGGUUGUUACUUGAGAUGAAGCGGGAAUUUGCAUUUGAUGAUGCCCUACGGAUGCUGGAAGUGCUUUGGAGUUCGUUACCCCCUCUGCCGCCACAAAAGGAACUUCAGCUAUUUGAAAAGCGGUUCUGUUCCUUGACACCAGGGGAGGCUCCUGUUCUGAAGACUCCCCGAGAGAAUGCAUACACCAAGGUGUGUGCAUUACGGCGCCAGAGUUCUGCUGCGUCUCUUCAUUCUCUUCUCACCUCUCGUCCAGUUAUCCGUCACAGACAGAAUCAGAGCUUGGAUGAGACGUCAUCUAUUAAGGAGCGAAGUAAAGUGAAACCCUUCUCAAGCCUAGAUGACGCCAGCAUUCACAUGAUGACGCAACAACAAGAAUCCAAGUCACAUGGUGUUUCCUCAUUUGAAACACUCUCAGAGCCUGAAUCAGAUGAGACAACCUUAAACAACCAUAUCAACAUCACAACCACUGCCCGUAAGAGUGAAGUUCAUUCUGGUAGCACAGGUGAUAUCAUCAUUCCAAAAGGGGGGGCAAAGCGAGGGUACAUAAAGGACCUUAAAGAAAAGCUUUCUGGAAGUCAUGGUAAGAACCUUUUUUCUUCAGUAGAUAAAGGUGAUACUCAAGAUAGAAUUAAAGAUGACACACCAGAGAAAAGACAGGUGCGAGUGGUAAAGAAUUUAAAUGAAUUUCUGAACUUUACAGCCCUUAAUAAAACCCAUGUUCUUCCAGAUAAAGUAGUUCCUAGUACAGCAGCAAAGAAAGAUUCUUCCCAUGUAUGGCAGGAUGAUGCAUUAGUGAAUGAAUGCAAUGAAAGCACUUGCUCGGGAGAUGAUAGUUUUCCCACAGUAACAUCCCUGGAAGAGCGGGAGAUACACUGUGCAAACUUUACAUGUGAUGAUAAAGAUAGAGGGGCAUAUUGUGAUGGUAGUUCUCCAGAUGAUUCAACUGAGUACUUUCCCAUGACAACAUCAAUGACCCGAGAAUUGCGGCUAGAAUUAGAAAACCUAGAUCGCCAGGUAUUUGGUUCAAGGUUCAAUCACCACAGCUUUACCCUCGAAGACUCAGAAGAAUUAGAGUCUCCAUGCAGUGAAUCCUUCCGUUCUGCUGACAGGAAAGUCCAGAAAGAUUGUAUAGUACCCACACAAGAUACUGAUGUACACAGUGACGUGACUGUCGUAGAAGAGGCUGAGAUCUGGCCUGAACCAGGUUCCAAAGCACUAACUUUGAAACUGACUCAGAGCUGGCAAGAGCAUGAUGGUAAUGAAACCCCAAAACUACCAUCUGAUUCUGAGAACAUUAGAAGCAAUGCAAGGCUAAAGCAGGCGGUUCAUCACUCCAGUCCAGGCUCCACUUUAGCUGCUGGAGAGGAGAUAUUUGUUUGGGAGAACCCAUUGCAGUGUCCAGCAACACCAGAUGAGCAGGCAGACUUGGAAUAUGAUGACGCUCAUAGUGUCGCUGUUAGUGGUGGGGAGAUCUUCGAAAAUGAAGGGCAGUGCAUAAAGUCUGUGACACCUAUUAGACUGCUCCGAAGUGGCGUUGGUGUUCAAGACCAGCAUCAGACUAACAAUGCAACAUCAUUGCCAGGAGAUGAUGCAAGUGACAGUUCAGAUGGCUGGGAUGAUCGUCAAGGAGAUGCGUGCAAUUCUCAAACUAUGUCCAACAGGGGAAGUGUUUCAUCUGAGAAAUACAACUCCGAUACCGGGCAGUCAAGGCAAAAAGUGAACCGUGAAAUGUCACAUGCAGUUCCAUCUGCUGUGACCAACUCAUGUGAGGAACUGACAGAACUUACUUUAAGAAGUUCUGUCCCUGGAGUUUCGAGCACCCGGCAGCCACUGCAGUGUUCCAGCAGUCAGUUGCCCCCUCCAUCUGAGUUUGGAGGUGGUAAUCCAUUCCUCAUGUUCUUGUGUCUGACAGUGCUCCGACAGCACAGGGAUGUCGUCAUGAGUAAUGGCAUGGACUACAAUGAAAUGGCCAUGCAUUUUGACAAGAUGAUCCGUAAGCACAAUGUGACACGGGUUCUGAACCAGGCCAGACAGAUGUUUGCUUCAUAUCUUCAACAACAGGCAUCUCUCAACAACAACACAGUUCACCCAAACUCAGAUCUCAAUGUGUAAAUAGUCUGCCAGCAGCGGUUUCCAACUUUAUAGGUUUUCCCUCCAGUUCCUACUUUGCGUUCUCAGUUAUCUGUUAAAAUAGACAUAGCUAGUAUUGAACACCAGAUGUAAUCCUGUUGAGAAGUGUUCAUAAUGUGACUAGGCAUGCUGUCAGGAAAUUGUUGCUUGUUAUUUAGGAAGUUAUAAAUAACCAUAUGUUAUAUAAAACUAUUUGCAUCACAUGCUCAUUUCAUGAGGAAACUUGCAUUUUCCCUUCCAUUCAUGAUGUUCCCCUCCUAAGCUGGAAACCUCUGUUGAAGUUUACAGUUUUCUGGGGUGUGGCUCCAUACAGGUUGGUAGCUAAGUGACAUUUCAGAGGAGCUUUGCUGCUUCCAUGUUCAGCGUGAAGAUGGAGGCAGGAAGUUCCUUCAGAAUAUUGGUACUUAGCUACUAAACUACACAGUAUCACUUCCCAGAAACCCCAUAGUCUUAAUAUUACCCUCCAUGAGAACCUCAAACUUCACGUCUGUUUUAAGUUUCAUUGCACCGGUUCAUAUCCUUGGGCAAUGCAGUAUUAUAAAACCACAUUGUGCCAUGUUUCCAGUACUUGCAUGUAUGUUUCUGUAACAGUUGAGAGAUAGAACUUCAAUCAUGUCAUAAUCUCUUCCACAUUAUACAGACAUUAAGUCCAUAAGGUCAAUUCUGUCUGGUACAGUUGUACAGUGAUUGUUUCUCCUUCGAAUAAAUUGAUUCAUUUUUGUGAUUACAUCUUCUAGGAUGUGACAUUGUGUACUUUCUGCUCUGCUCUUCUGUGCUGUUCUUCCAAAACAUUGGUACCAGUGUACUGUACUACAUGACUUCACAUCAUAAAAGACUGUAAUCAUAAUACUGCUGCGGGAACCUCAAAUCUUGUAUGGUUUAUUUCUGUUACCAGUUGUCGGACUGUAAGAUGGCCCAAGCCUAUCAUACUUUGUGCUCUUUACACUUUUCUUUACAAAUUUCUACCUCACAGAAUGAGAGUAAUUUCUUUUUAGAUUUGCAUGUAGGUGGCACUGUUUUCUGGAAAGAUUAGUUUGCCAUGUCUACAACAUUUUAUUGCCACUGUCCCAAUUCAUUACAUCUUGUAGUGUUUCAUGUCAUAAUGACUGAAAUAAUACUUCAUUCCUUUCUGUAA